AAAUAGAACCUUGUUAACGGAUGUGAUUCCUCUUACCCCAAUCCCAAACUACUCGAUUGAGUUCGGCGCCUCAGCUCAUUUGAUUGACCUUUUUUGAGUGGCAAAUGGUGUUGAAUGUCAGUCAGAUGCUUUCAAUUUUCAUCUUCUUCCUGGCAAUCCUGGUGCUUUCGAUUAGUGGGAAACCUGGAGCAUCAAACCUGGCCCAGGGAAAUUUGUCAGCUGGGUUACAUUAGUGUUUCGAUCUCCGUAAUUUGGUACACUGCUCCAUGUGGAACUGUCAUACAAAAUGAAGAAGUCCGGGGAUUUCCUUUCACUGUUGAACAACAAAGAUCUUCUUAAAACACCAUCGGGAAGUCCUAUUGUAAAUUUCCUGGUAAAGCCAAUGAGUGUGGAGAUGACCACGGCGGACAAAUUAAUCACGGGUGCAAGGCGCCAAAGGAUGAUGGAGCUCUUUGAACAGGAUCGCGCUUGGGAGGCCGCCGAAUUGUCCCGGUUUGGAUUGAGUUGCAUUAAAGCACCGGAUUGCUAUCCUUGCUGUACUCGCUUUGAGUGUUCGAAGGCAAAGUCUUAGGAUUGGAAGAUCUUGUUCUGUUGAAUUAAGUUUUGCUAUUUCAGAAAGAAAUAAAUCAAGAAUAUAUAUAAAUUCA